GUGAUUUACGCAAUUAAGAAUGCGACAGUGGCAGUGUGACGUCGGAAGUGCGACUCCUGUGGCCGACAUCUUGAGUAACGAAGCUAUCACGGUGAUUUAACUAUGGGCUCUUCUAAGAAACACAAGGAGAAGGAUCGUGACCGAGAUGUUAAAACAUCAAGUGGAGGAGAUGACCGUCACCGUGAACACAAGAAGCAUAAGCACAAAGAGCGUGAGAGAGAGAGGCGAAAGCGUUCUAGAGACCGAGGCAGAGACAGAUCACGUGAUAGAGAAGGCAAGGCUAGGUCAAGCAAAGAUGGAGAAUCUCGCAGGAUUAAGAAGGAGAAGUUGGAUCCUGCUUACGAGCAAGGUGCUGCUCCCAAAUCAGCUUCUGGGGAUUCUUCUUUGACUAUUGAAGAGACCAAUAAACUUCGUGCAAAACUUGGCUUGAAACCACUGGAGAUGAAUGAAACUAAAACUGAAUGUGGCAGUAAAGAAGAUCCUGUAGCUGCUGCAGUCAUUAAUCCACUCGCUCUCCGACAUCAGCAGGAACUUAGAGAGAAAUUAGCUGCCGCAAAAGAGAAGAGGCUUCUAAACCAGAAAUUGGGCAAAAUCAAGUCUCUGGGAGAUGACGAGCUAUGGUUAGAUGAUACAGCCGCAUGGAUUGAGAAAAGUCGAAAAAUUCAAAUAGAAAAGGAAAAGGCUGAGAAAAGGGCAAAACUUCUUGCAGAAAUGGAUGAAGAAUUUGGAGUGUCUAAUCUUGUGGAGGAAGAAUUUGGGCAAAAUAAGCAUUACACCUCCCAGGAUCUGCAGGGGCUUACUGUAGAGCAUAAGAUUGAGUCGUUUAAAGAGGGGCAGACUGUUAUCCUUACGCUAAAAGACAAAGCUAUUCUGGAUGAAGAUGAAUCUGAUGUCUUAGUAAAUGUCAACAUGAUAGACAAAGAGAAAGCAGAUAAAAAUGUUGAACUCAAGAAGAAGAAACCCGAUUAUAAACCAUAUGAAGAAGAGGAAAGUGUGGAAGAUAUGGCUAUAUUAAAGAGCAAAUCUGUACUGUCCAAAUAUGACGAGGAGAUAGAUGGGGAAAAAAAGAAAUCCUUUCGCUUGGAAUCAGGGGGAGUUGCCGAUGGAUCCUGGGAAAAGGAACUGCAGAAUAUUCGGGAGACUCUACAUAACCAGGCGCAAACCCUAGACCUGCCAAGGCUCAAAAUUGCAUCUGAAUACUACACACCCGAGGAGAUGGUCUCCUUUAAGAAAACAAAAUGCCGGGUAAAAAAGAUUCGAAAAAAAGAAAAGGCGGUUCGGGCUGAUGAAAUUCUUGCCAUAGCUCCUAGUACCAAGGAAAGUGACUUUGGGUCCAGGACCCGUGGUCGUGGACGUAGGCGCGUAGAACAUUCUGAUGAAGAACCAGAAGUGGAGCUACCUGCACCAGUACAACAGUCUGAUGACGUUCGUGUUGACAAUAUGGAUAUCAGCGAUCAAGAAGAAAUAGGAGACUCUCCUGUUUUGGAAGAAGAUGAAUUGGAGACAGAGUUACAGAAACAGCUAGAAAAAAGCAGGCGAUUAAAACAAAUCCAGCAACAGAAGGCCAGCAGUGAAAAGGUUGUGUCCUUGGUGAAAAGGUUAGAGUCUCAGAGUCAAGAUGAAGAUGAGGAUGAUGACGAUAAGAGAGGCUCCAUUGUGUUCAAUGCAACUUCAGAAUUCUGUAGGACCCUUGGAGAAAUACCAACAUAUGGCCUUGCAGGCAAUAGAGAGGACCAAGAAGAUUUGAUGGAUUUUGAGAAGGAAGAGGAGGAGUCUGGUAAUGAGGGUGGAGAGUCUGAUGGGGAUGAGAACAUUGGCUGGAGCAUGGUGAAUCUUGAUGAUGAAAAGAACCAGCAAGAUUUUUCUACCUCUUCCACUACCAUUUUAGAUGAAGAACCUAUUGUAAACCGAGGUUUAGCUGCUGCUCUACACUUGUGCCAGAAUAAAGGUCUAUUAGAAACAACCAUGCAAAAAGUAGCCCGCGUUAAGGGUCCUGUUAAGUCUCUUCCAUCUGCUGUAUACUGCAUAGAGGACAAAAUGGCCAUUGAUGAUAAGUAUAGCAGGCGAGAAGAGUACAGAGGGUUCACUCAAGAAUUCAAGGAGAAGGAUGGAUAUCGUCCUGAUGUGAAGAUAGAAUAUGUGGAUGAAACAGGGCGGAAACUCUGUCCUAAGGAGGCCUUUAGGCAGUUGUCUCAUCGGUUCCACGGUAAGGGAUCUGGUAAAAUGAAAACGGAGCGGCGGAUGAAGAAGCUAGAUGAGGAAGCGCUCCUAAAGAAAAUGAGCUCCGGAGACACACCAUUGGGUACUGUGGCUUUACUUCAGGAGAAGCAGAAGGCACAGAAAACUCCAUAUAUCGUGCUCAGCGGUAGUGGGAAGAGUAUGACUGCGAACACGCUCAUUAAGUAAAAGAAACUGCAAGAAGUGUACGUUCUACUGAAGAAAAAAGAUCAGAGUAAACAUUUUUAAGCUUCUGUCUUGAGUACGGAGCGAGCCCUGUCUGCUGAUUUAUGUACAUAUUCAUGUGCUGUCCCCAACACCUCUCUGGAUACAAGACUUAUGUUAACUUGGUUGUAUUGUCCCCAUAAACUUUGGGGCUACAUCAUGGACCGCAGAAAUAUGGGAUGAAAUGCAUUGAUUGGUUUUUAUAAUAAAGGGAGAUUUAUAAUUUCUGUACAUUUGGGGUAUGCUGGGAUCCAGAAAUACUCCAUUUUUUUUUCUUUAAUUACUUUCACAAUACCUUUUUUAAAUGCAUAAUAAAGUUGUAUUGUGAAAUGAAA